CAAUGUUGGCACUACUGUAAAGCUCUCUCUGGACUACUGAACAGUAACCAUUACUCUACAUAGGACUAUAAGGAACUUUCUGAGUCCAUUUAAUAUAUUUCUUGUUGAAACCUUAGUGAGAAUUUGCAAACGAUUUAGAAACUUGCAUGAAUUUGCCCAUGGAUUUUGCUUGCAGUGUCAUGCUUAAAUUAGAUAUCUGUAGAUGGCACACAUGAUUAUGCAUAAAGAUAGGAUGGAUUAUUGACUGUCUGUUGGAUUAAGGAUUAGCAGGCUGAGGAAAGGAGAAAUGUCAGUGACCAUAUGGUGAGCGAUGAUGCAGUUGUCGUCAAUUUAUCGCCGCCAUGUUUGAUGUCAUGUGGACUAUCUUACUGACGUUGUUCGUGCUAUUUUGUAUCCUGGUGGAGGACCAUGCCGUGGUUUGGUCACAGCAAGAAAAAGCGGGAAAUGACCUCAGGAUUGUUUCAUAUGAAGUGUUGUCGAAAGAGGUGAUCACAUAUGCCCAUCCUGAUAUCCAGGGCUUCUCACAGCUAACCCCAUACAUUCCAGAAAAAGAACUGUUCAUAGGUGCUAGAAAUUAUUUAUUACGAUUAUCGUUGGAGAGUUUGAAGGAAAUCGAAGUGGUACAAUGGAAGGCAGACGAGAGAACAAAAGAGGUGUGCAAAGCAAAGGGCCAAUCAGAGCAAAAUUGUCAGAAUUUCAUCAGCAGUUUACUCAUUCAUCAAAACCGAGUCUUCACCUGCGGGACCAACGCAUUUUCACCCAUCUGUACAUGGAGAUCAUUACGCAACCUCCGUGAAGUGGCAGAGCGAAUUAAUGGUAUAGCCAAGUCGCCUUUCCAUCCGGAUCACAAUAGCACGGCAUUAAUGACCGCUGAUGGUAACUUCUACAGUGCCACGGCAACAGACUUCACGGCAAGGGAUCCCGCUAUUUACAGAAUCAUGGGGCCAGGCGCUCAUUUGAGGACGGUACAGUUCAACAUUAUGUGGCUAAAUGAACCUAACUUUGUCUCGUCCUACGAAAUUGGCAACUAUAUCUACUACUUCUUCAGAGAAACUGCUGUCGAAUAUCUUAAUUGCGGAAAAAGUGUAUAUUCAAGGGUCGCCAGGGUCUGUAAAAAUGACCCAGGCGGAGAUUUCCUGCUUGAAGACACCUGGACAACUUUCGUCAAGGCACGGUUAAACUGCAGUAUGCCCGGCAACUAUCCAUUUUACUUCAACGAACUCCAGAGUACACAUUACUCGGAGGACGACGGUGUGAUCUAUGGUGUGUUCAACACUCCUAGGAAUAGCAUUCAUGGCUCGGCGAUCUGUGUGUUCAACUUGACAGCAAUGGACCGCGCUUUCAGUGGGCCUUACAAAUAUCUCCCGAACACUGAAAUGGCCUGGCAGACACAUCCUAAUUCUCUCUCAAAUACAAAGUGUUCUGGCAAAAAACCUGACCAUAGCAUCUUAGUUAAUGCACAGAAAUACCAGCUGAUGGAACUCGCUGUCCAACCACUACAGGUCUCACCAUUCUUCAGGACGGAAAGAGAAAGUUGGAGUCACAUUGUGGUUGACAAAGUCCGAGCGAAACACCACUUGGAAGUGAAUGUCGUGUUCGUGGUUAGUUUGACCGGGAUACUGAAGAAGAUCGCUAAACUGCCGUACAGCCGGAAAGCAUGUCUGAUCGAGGAGAUCCAUCUGACACCGAAAAACCGCCAGAAACCAAUAAAAGCCAUGAAGCUGAUUGCACACAAGGGUUCCAUAAUUAUCAGUUUUGAUGACCGGAUUUUGAAAGUUCCGGUUCAGAGGUGUUGGAGAUACAAGACGAAAGAGUCUUGCACGAAUGCCAUGGACCCUUACUGUGGCUGGAACAACUUCCUCCAGGCUUGUACACCCCCACCUGAUGGGGAGACAAGGGCACACUUCUGGCACCAAGAGUAUCUCACCUGCCCUGAUCCUGAUUAUGCUGCAAAUGGUCAUUGGUCUGACUGGUCUCCCUGGUCAGUGUGUGAUCAGACCGGUAACCAGACAUUCGGCGACAAGUGUCUGUGUCGAUCGCGCAGCUGUAACAACCCGCCUCCACGACAUGGUGGGAAGUAUUGUAAAGGCGUCGGAGCAGAGGUGACCAACUGUACAGUGAAUGGCAAGUGGACCGAGUGGACAGAAUGGUCCCAGUGCUCUGGAACGUGUGGUAGUGCCUUUAAAACAAGGACGCGGAACUGUGCCAACCCACAUCCUGCUUUUGGGGGGAAGUACUGCGCUGGAUCGCCACUUAAUGAGACAUGGUGUAAUGUUCCACUCUGCCCUGCUCCAAAGCCACCUCCAGUGGAUGGCGGUUGGUCAAAGUGGACUCCGUGGACCGACUGCUCAGAGCGGUGUGAUGGGGGUAUACAGAUAAGGAACCGGACGUGUAACAACCCACCACCCUUUGGGGGUGGCAAGCAGUGUUAUGGUGAUAGUUUAGAGUAUAAAGAAUGCAAUAAAGAUAUGUGCCUUGAAUAUAAGAAGUCUACUCCGUGGACUCCUUGGAUGAUCUCCCCAAAUAAAUCGCGCAAAGGAGAAUCACAAAUACGAUUUCGUUUCGUCUGCAAAGCGAAUGUACCAGACGGUUCAAAAUUACGUAACGGUCAUGUCCGCAGCGAGACGCGGUUGUGCCCGCAUGAAAAUGCAUGUAUGGAAACAGAUGAUCCAAGCCAAUUAUCAAACUAUAACUCUGUCGACGGCGGAUGGUCCGACUGGUCAUCGUGGUCGAAAUGUAGCAACGAUUGUGGUGGAGGGAAACAGUUUAAGGAACGAACGUGCAACAAUCCGAGUCCAACAGGAACAGGACAAGAUUGUGAGGGGAAAAGUGCCGAGUCCAGGUCGUGUAAUAUGAUGCCUUGUAAAGGUUUCUGGUCUUGUUGGACCGAAUGGAGUGCCUGUUCUGUAACCUGUGGAGCUGGUGUUCAUUACCGAAAACGACAGUGUCUCCACAUGGGGCGGACAUCUGGCAAACAGCUGACAUCCGUGCUGCCGUGUAUGGGUAGCGACCUCCAGCAGGAGGAAUGCUCACUAUCACAGUGUGAGACUAUGAACUUCGGUUGGCGGGAAUGGACGACGUGGUCCCCAUGUAUGGACAGCUUUCAGAAGCGUAAAAGGAAGUGUGCUAUGAGUCGGCCCCGGGAUAAUGAGUGUCUGGGCGAGAAUGUCCAGACACGGAUGUGUGAGCCAGGUUUCAAUUUUGGAGAGACUGCAAGCAUCGAGCGAGACUCCUCCAAGCGCUUUGAAGUGUUCCAUCUGGUCAUCGUGGGAAUCAUCGCGUUCAUCAUUGGUGGUAUAGUCUCUGUCGCCAUUUUCUUAUAUGUGCAACAUUCGCGUCAUGUGACGGAACAAAAAAACAAUAAGGAGAAUGAGAAAAAGGACAAAGAACAACGCGAUGCUGUGACGGUCAACGAACAAAAACUUCCGAUGUACAUGUCGCCGUCGAAUACUCAAGGAAGUUUAGUUUUAAAUUCAAGUAAAUUUUCAAACAAUUCUUUAGCGAAUCUGACAGGCUCGCAAAAAGAUAAAAUGACGGAUAAGAAUUCGUCGCUGAAAAGGAGCUCAUUGCAUUUACGAACUAAUCUAUCUCUGAAUGAUUUAUAGGAGGAGGUGUUGGUGACUUGUUUCAGGGAAUCUUCAGAAAAGGAGGUAGAAUUUAUUAAUGAAAUAAUGCUGUCGGAAUCUCCUUCACAACUGCUGAAACAUUGAAGGGGAAAAUUGGCAGUUUUAGCCAAGUGGGUCAUGCUACCAAUAGCCUACAUCUUGUGGUCAAGCCAAGACACUUUCGAUUCGUGCUUGACCUUGGUCUUGUUAAAUGACCUUAAAAUAACACGUUGAUCCGCGACAAGACUUCAUGCUCAGACUUCAGUUGUUGGGUUUUGAGGAAUCGUCUUUGUGCCUGCAUGGAAGAACUGCUUUUUGGAUACAGUUUUGUGAAUGGAUGUUGGAUGUUGUUUUCGGUCUCCCCGGACAAGUGAUAGAUAGGAUCCCUAAUUGUCACUACACUGUCUGUAGAUGUAGCAGUUCAGAAGUCACCAUUGCUCAAUAAUCUUCUUUAAGUAAUAUCAUAUCGUUGGGCACUCAGUGUUGUUUUGAAGUGACUUUGCCCCGUUCUGAAAAACUUUUACAGACUGAUCACAGAAUCAGGAAAUUUGCAUAACUGGUGUGAAUUCUUCUACAAAGAGAAGUCUCCUGAGUUCUGUUGUUGUCGAGCUAGAAUUUCUUGUUUCUAAGCAACUGACAGUAUCUGAGCAAAACAAAAAUAUUGGGUUAAUUUCUAAAUUGUCACCAUCAUGAUUGCAUAGUUAGCAACUUUCAGUCACCACAGAUGUGAUGGUUGCCAAGCAUUCUGCUUGUUUCUGGCAGAAAUUAUGGACCUGGUUACUUAGAAACUGGAUAAUCGUUGCCUAGCAACCUGAUAGUUGCUUAGCAGCAAGGCCGAGAAUUCGACAUAGAAAAAUAGUCACAUGUUCUUCAGCAAUAUGGAUAGCAGCUGCUGCUAAUUGUUACAUCUCAUUUUUGGUGCUAAUUAAUAUUCAACGCAUUAUUGUGAAUUUUAAGUAAUUAUAAUUUAUAAAGGUAUGUUGUUGUCACAUUUUGUCGAAAAUGUGUCUGAUUUCAGACAUUAGCUCUGAAUUGGCUGCAGAGCUUUUGCUACGUAAUGCGUCAGCCAGGAUGUCAUCAUCUACACAAGUUCAACAAGCUUGUCCCAAGUCAGAUACAGGACAUUUUGCACUGGGGACAAGGUUGUUUAAUAAACAAAAAAUACCGGGAUUGCAUCCACAUGCCACUUAUCUGAACAGGCCGGUUUUUGUGGCCAAAAUCUGUAUUAAAGGUAUGAAGUCCUUUUUUUACAGGCUUCGCGUAAAUGUACUUCAUUUAUCCAAAUGGUAAUAGUGCUUAAAGGGACAACUAAGAAAUAUUGCGGUCACUGUGUUUUAUCUUUUUUUGUUUUAUAGUCGGCAUGUGAACAAGUCAGUCUUCAAUAUAGAGUCAUUUUAAAGUACAUGUAUAUCCUCUCUAUUUGGGACUGACGAAUGCUGUCCGUAAUUAAGAGGUGUCCUGAUUACAGAGGUCAAAUUCAAUGGAAACCAACAAUGCAGUGUCCUUAAUAGAGAGGUUGUAGAGAGGUGUUCGCUAAGGGACUCUAUUUUAUACAAAAAACUAAAUGGUUUGCAUCAAAAGUAUUUUUUCUUGUUUUUGAGUCACUAUUUGAACAAAUCAGUCUUCAUGUUUAUUGUAUUUUUUCAGAGGGAAAAAAUACAUGUUUCACUGACGUGCAACCACAGUGCAAGAAUCUUUUAUUUCCUUUUGUUGUGUUUUGCUCAAAAUAUACUUAUUUUCCCAUGUUGUAAAUAACUGUACAGGUGUUUUGCUCAAACUACUCUCAAUUAGAGUGAUUGCCAUUGCCAAAAUUCCAUUCACUCCUACAUUCUCCAACCACAAGCAAUUUUGAAUCCAGCCUUGUGAUUGGAGAGUGAUAAGAAUACAUCUUCUGAGGACAAGAACUCAUCUUACAACUCAACACUUAGUUUUUAAAAGUUUUCAAUAUGAUAAUUCCAUUUUGGUGAUGGCUUCACUUUUGUUCGUGUCCAGAGAGCCAUGUAUAUAGCUUUAAGUGUACAGACGAUAUAGUCACUCUUUAUCAGGAUCUCAAUCUGGAUCCAAGUCGAUUAUCGUCGCUAAAGUUCUGAAAUGGAAUAUCACACACUUUGCAAAUCUUACCAAAGCAUGUUAUUAUAGUCAGUAAUGGCCUUUACCAUUUUAAAAGGCCCAAUACUUCCACUUAAAGGGGGACUAUAAGCAGGAGUUAGAGGACCGAAAUGGUGGUCUUAAUUCGACCCACCCAUCUCCUGCCUAUGCAGUCUUCCUGUGAAAAUAUGAACCUGUGUAUUCUGAUUUACAAGUAACCAAAUAAAAUGAAAAUAAGAUUAAUGUGGUUUACAAAUUCCAGUUGAUUUUACUUGAUGGACAUUUCUAUCAAUAGAAAUACCUAGACAAAGCCAGCUUACAUUUACAACUGUUUCUUUUCAUACCUUGUUAAACUGUGUUGACAAUAGUUUCUAUUGUACACUCAAGAACUCACUUUUCUGCUGUUUACUCAGAAAUUAUGGUUGAUCUAAAUCUCGAUUCAUGUUUCCUAAAUGGUGUAACUUAAAUUUUGUCUGUUCUGCCUAUUGAACGGUAGUUCUGGAUGUAAACCAAAAUGGUAUUUUUUGUAUUAUCCAUAUUGACAAAAUCAUCACUGUAUGACUUGGCGUUAGGCCCAACUAUCACUGUCAUCAUUUAUCAGCUACACUCGCCACUUGACAACAUAUGAGACCAGAGAAAGUUUCCUUGACACUUUGGGUGCUUGACGUAGUUUUGCAUCCACUUCAAACCUUCAGUGCCCGACACACAAUUACGUUAUCAGGGGUCCUAUCAACUGUGGCCAUCUUCGUUUUGAAACAAUGUAAGUUACACAAACUCCAACUCCAGCUGAACAAAAGCAGCUUUACUGCUUCUGCAGUUCAGGUUCGUGACUUGGGGAGGGGUUAGGGUAAGGACGAUGGGAGGAUAGGCUACUUAUAGUUAGCCCUGGGCACCCAAGGUGUUAAUUGCACAUAUUUCAACAUUUACAAGGGUUCUAUACUGAACUCUUGACAAAGUUUGGGGAUUGCUCAGUCCAGUUCUAUACGAGGGAAAAAGGGGGUAUCGACAUGUCUUACUAAGUAGAUUGUGACUGAACUAUGACUUGGCCUUAGGCCCAACUAUCAAUCAACUUUAAUUCUUGACGAAAUUGACGUAGGCUAUUAAUGUUAUAAUCACAACGACCACCACAUUCUGUAUAUAGUGAACAUUCACAGUAGAGAUGCAUCUGGGACUCAAAUUUGGUGUUCUUUGACAAGAAUAAGACCUGGUGUGCUGUAUUUUUCCAGUAGAUGUGACAGUCCUUGUCAUCUUGAACCGUCAGUUCCGACUCUUAAUGUACAAAGCCAGUGGCCUUCUCUAGUCUUGAAGAUGAGAACGUUUAGUUAACAUAUCUGUUAUCAUUACGUGGCAUUGAAACUCCUUGUUCUUCUUUUUGUAACCCUGUAUCUUUGUAAGUGAAUCUCCCUGUGUUAUCAGAUGAAUUUAUUUGAGAGAUUUCAGCGAAAUACAGCCAACUAUCUGUAUGGUGAAGCUCCCUGGGUUAAUUAUCAUAUACCUGAACUAAUUUUGAUUCUUGAGGGAGUGCGAUACACCCUGUAUAUAUCUGUGCUGGUACAUCAUUCUGUUUUUGAAUGGCUUCAGUAUAGCCAUACCAUAGCAUUUGAGGUUGAAUUCAAUAGUCAACUCGAGCUUAAAGCUCCCAGGGUCAACAACUCGACUCUUGUAGGCUACCAUCUUGUAGGCUACCAGUAGUUGGAGUCCUCCAAUAAAAGUUUUCAGUUCUGUACGAAACACUUCAAGGUUUAAAACUUUUCCCAAAGCGCAAAGAUUCAAGCUUCUUCCUGAAUUAUAGUGUAAAAGGGAGGCUGUUUCAAAGAACCUUUCUACAAACCCAUAGCACUGCAUUAGACCAAAUUUGUUCUGUAUCACAAGAACCAUGAGCUGUGUAGUGGAAUAUUAUGUGGUUUGAGGGACUAGAAUAUUCCGUUUUUUAUGUAAAAAACUUUCCCAAAAUCAGCUCCCCGUUUUAUAAGGUUAAGCCAACUUAAACAAAGGUAAUUCUAUAAAAUACAUGUGACAACAAUUGUAACAUAAAAAUGAUGACAAUGUGCUUCAUUGGUUAAAAAAAUAA